GUAGUAUGGCACGAUUCAAGAUCUGUACAUAGCAACAGUAGUCAACGGAUUAGGGUACUUUUCUUUCGAUUUCUAUUUGAAUAUAUGAAUAUUUAUUAUGCCGCGAACAACAUCUGUACGACAAGGAAGAGGUAGAAAUACAACAAGAAGAAACAAUCCCGCUGUUUUCGAUGGCGUAUCAACGGAAGAAAUGAGCCACAAACAACUUGAACAGGAGAGAGAAGAGAGAAAUUAUUUUCAAUUGGAAAGAGAUAAGGUAAACACAUUCUGGGAAAUCACAAAGAGGCAAUUAGAGGAAAAAAAAGCGGAAUUGCGUAAUAAAGAUAGAGAAAUGGAAGACGCGGAAGAACAAUAUCAUAUAGAAAUAAAAGUUUACAAACAAAAAGUAAAGCACUUACUGUAUGAGCACCAAAACAAAAUAGCUGAAUUGAAGGCCGAAAGUGCAGUUGCACUUAAGAUCACUCAAGAAGAACAUCGAAAGGAAGAAUCCGACUUGAGAAAACUAAAAAGGAAUCUAAGAGUUGAAAUGAAAGAAGAAGAAUUAUCAAGAGAAAAUUUAAUUAGAAAUGCACAAUUGAAUCAUGAUGAAGAAAUAACAAAUCUAAGAAGAAACUAUGAACAAAAUGCUAUAGAUAUAGAGAAGAAAUAUGAGAAGAAAAUGAGACAAAUAACAGAAGAAUUAGAACUGAGAAGAAAGACAGAAAUUCAUGAAAUUGAAGAAAGAAAGAAUUCUCAGAUCAAUACGCUUAUGAAGAAUCACGAAAAGGCCUUCAGCGAUAUAAAGAAUUAUUAUAAUGACAUUACUCUAAAUAAUCUGGCCUUGAUUAACACGCUAAAAGAACAAGUUGAAGAGAUGAAAAAGAAAGAAGAACGGAUGGAAAAGCAUGUCGCAGAAGUUAACAGUGAAAAUAAGAAAUUAGUUGAACCUUUAAGACAAACUCGAUUAGAUUUAGAAGAACUCAAACAUCAGCUAUCCAACUAUGAGAAAGACAAACUUUCUCUUGCAUCUGCAAAAGCACGAUUAAAAGUCUUAAAAGGAGAGCAUAAAGAGUUGAUCUGGGAGAGGGAUAUUCUUGAACAACGUUUCGAGAAAGUUCAAAAAGAGAGAGAUGACAUUUAUGAAAAAUUUAUUAAAGGAAUUCAAGAAGUUCAACAAAAGAGUAACUUUAAAAACUUCCUGUUGGAGAAGAAAUUAACUGCCUUAACUGAAACUCUUGAAAUGAAACAAGCUCAAUUAAACGAAGUCCUUGCAGCCUCAAAUCUUGAUCCUACUGCCUUAACAAAUGUAUCAAAGAAGCUAGAAGAUGUUCUUGAUUCAAAAAAUGUUGCUAUUAAGGAUCUUCAAUUCGAACUUGCCCGAGUUUGCAAAGCUCAUAAUGACCUUUUGCGAACUUAUGAGUCCAAAUUAUCUCAAUUUGGUAUACCAACGGAGGAAUUGGGAUUUAAACCUUUAGAAAGUGAAAUUAAUAAACAACAAAUAGGUCUUGGAGCUGCCGGAUUAGUGUCUGCCUCUACUUAA